AACCAGCUUGAUAUAAUUAGCUUGAGCCAACUGUCACAUUUUUGGUCUAUCAAAUGUACAAAAUGAGAAGCUUCAAUCCUGUUGUAAGCAAAUAGUUAACCUCGGCUAAACUCUGGUUUGAAUUUAUGAUAAGCUAAGACAUACACUUCUUCGGUUAUGGAUCUCCAAAAGGUUAAAAUUUUUCUAGUUAUAUUAACCGCUUUGGCAACAAAUUCGCUUGCAGCGAAACAACCGAAGCCUCUUAAAUCGGAAAAUAAUGCUCCGACAGAGUCAAACCUGCCAGACGAUCAAAGAGAAGAAUUGGUUGUUGACAGUUCCCCUCGGAUGCCAAGUUCAGAGAAUACUUUGGAUCACAAAACAAAAACUACGAAUCAAAAAGUAAAUUUGAAGAGCGAUUCUGGUGGAAAACCGGAAGCCGAGAAGCAUUCAGAGCAGAAGACGAAAUCCGAGAAAGACUCGGGGCCAAAAUCGAAGUCGAAAUCUAAACCUAUUCACGUUGCUCUUGUCUCGGGUUGUGACUCACACCUUUCGUCUAUGACUCCAAUUGCAUACUCGUUACUGCAUCACUCUUCCGCUAAAGACAAGUACCGCGUGACAUUCGUCAUUGGUUCUCAGUGUCGAGACAUUGCCGAGAAGCUAAAAGCGGAUUUCUAUGAUUCAGGACCCUGGUUUUACCCUGGAAACGAAACUGGAUUCGCUGCACUCAGCCAUGACCUAGCGAUGGGUCCCUUGACUUAUGGAUACCCUGCCGUCGACUCAUUUGUCAAGCACGACAAACCCGACUUGAUUCUCGCCGAACUAUUCAAUUGUCGGGUGUCUCUCAUUGCCGAGCUGAACAACAUUCCUUAUGCGACCAUUUGGGCAGGUGCCACCCCGCACCCUUCCAUGUACCAAGCGGGGUAUCUUCUUAACGCCGGUCUCGCAGGGCUGUACAUACCCAGCAGCGAUAAACCAAGAUGGGUUCUGGAUUACUUCACGACUCUUUUCUUUUCCCAGGCCUCGGUUGUUUGGGGCUACUUUCAGCAGGAGGCCAAUGAACUGUUCAACUCGAUGGUCAGAGAAAAAGGGAUCAAAAAGGAGUUCAGAGAUGCAUUUCACAUUAUGAAUUCUUAUCCAUCACUCGCCUUGGCAGGUCCUCCAAUUUUCCCGUUGAAAGAAGUACCUGGCAAACUAUACAUAACCGGAAUGCAACCUACGGAAAUUGCUGACCUUAAGGAAAUGAGUCCGGAAAUACGAGCUUUUAUCGAAAAAAGCGACAAAGACAUUCUAUAUGUCGCACUUGGAACUUACGCUGUGUUUAGCGACGAACAGUUUGAAAUAAUGAAGAAGGCAUUUUUGAAACAGGGGAGAUUUAAUAUAAUCUGGAGCCAUGCAGGUUGGAGUGAAGAGAAAGAAAUGAAAGAGGAGUAUGACAGAAGCCGAAUGUUCAUCAGGCAGAAACAACCUCAAAAAGAGAUAUUCACGUAUUCCAAAGUGAAAGCAUUCCUCUCUCACUGCGGUGCCAGCUCCAUGAUGGAGGGCGUGUCCAACCUCAAAGCCUUCAUUGGGUGUCCCCAAAUGCGAGACCAGGAACUAACCUCGAAAGUGAUCACCAAGUACAACUUCGGAACAGUCGUAUCCCCUAACCCCUCUGAAGACGAACUCUUAACUGCUGUCGAAAACAUUUAUCAGAACUUGCCAACGUACCUCAAAAACGUUAAAAUGGUAAAUGAAGAAUCGAGUGUCAACGCGGUUCAGAAGUUGGAGAAAUUUGUCGAUUCAAUGGUCGCUGAAGGAAAAACCAUUCAAUUUGACGUGGAGGAAUCCAACUACAUGCCUUUCUGGCUUGGCGUUACAAACCUGGCACUUUUCUUGUCAAUUGUAGCCAGCGUGGCUCUCAGUCCACUGGUUCUGCUGUGCUGUGUUUGCUGCCGCUGUCGAAAGACAACAACAAAAAACCAGAAGAAAACUCAAUGAGACUAGUCUAAAUCAUACAUAAUUUCGAAUCUUACGAUUCGUAUCAGGGCACGUAAACAUUGCUUAUCAGGUCUUUUCUGUGCUUAACAAAAAUUUUUAAACUUUAAGUGGAAAAUGGAAGCAAUUUUUCCGCCUGAAACGGCUGAUUGAAACAAUCAGCAACUAAGUUCAAACAAAUGCACCCGGUUACUGUGCAGCUAGCACAUAAUUCAGAACAUUGCGACUC